AUGGCUCCACUAACUGUCAAAUCAGUGAAAAGAACUCCGCCAUUAUACACCUCUUUUGAAGAAUUAUGGGAGGUUGUAAAUAACGCACUAGAGCAUAUUUUUCUAGAUGAGACGUCAAAAGUUUCUUUUCAAAGGGUAUAUCGUGCAGUAUAUGAUAUUACAUUAUUAGGAGAAUCUUCAAGGUUCUAUUCUCAAAUAAAAACAUAUCUUACCGACAAGAUGAUUUUAUUGAGAGAGGAAAUGUUUAACAAUACGGAUGAUUUAAUGAAAACAGAGUUAUGCUCUGAUAAUGUUCAUAUGCUCAAUGUUUUUUGGUUGUCUCUUAACCAACGUUUUAAAUGGAUUGGUGACCUGAUGUUAUAUUUCGAUAAAGUUUAUUGUGUGCCUAAAAGAUCGUUACAAGUUAUUGAUCUAUGCUAUUCUACAUUCUAUCAAAAUAUCCUUUCACCAUUAUCAAAUUUUUUGCUAUAUUCUGUGAUUAACACAAUAAAUCUUAUUCGAAAAAGAUUGUCACAAUCUGAUGAUUUAUCUGUAUUGUUGCCAGAAGAACAAAAUGUUAUUGAACAAGUCAAAUCCCUUAUUAGUAUGAUGGAGUUGAUAACUGUUGAUAAUGCCACACAAUAUAGUGUCUACAAUAAGAUUUUUGAAAGUUAUUUUUUAGAAAAUCUUGAUAUAUUUUUUGGGACUUCUAUGAACUGGGAAGGUACGUCACCCCUUGAGACCUUUUAUAAAAUCCAAAGAUUGAUUUCAACAGAGUAUUAUAUAUCAAAACAAUUAUUCAAUGAUGACACACGUAACAAAGUUUUUAAAAAAUUAGAAAAGGUACUAGUAGAAGAAAAAGCUACUACUAUAGUGGAUCCUUUAAUUCAGCUUGCUUUGUCAGAUUUAAAUAAAACACUAUUAAAAAAAAUUUUAUAUCUAACUAUAGACUGUGAGGAAUACCUAACCAAAUGUUAUGACUCUAUUAAAUUACAUAUAUUAAACGAUCUAAAAGAUAAUAUUCACCUUGAUACAUCUUUAAAGAGACGGUCUUUAAUGGGUGUAAAAUGGGUAUCUAAAGUGAUACAAAAAAGAGAAUCUUAUUUAAAGUUAUUAGAUAUUCAGUAUCCAAAGGGAUAUGAUGCAAGUGGACUUCUUGUGGAUGAACCAUUUCAAAAAUACCUAAACCUUGAUAAAAAACAAUCAACAGAAUUUCUUUGUUAUAUUAUUGAUACACAAUUAAAGAGACCACCAAGUGUGUCAUUGACAUUAGAAGUCAUUAAUAGUGAAUUGGAUUCUAUUAUUAAAUUGGUGAAAGCUUUAUCUGAGAAGGAUGAAUUUAUGGAAACAUAUAAGGUGAUGUUAUCGAAAAGGUUGUUACAUCAAAGAUAUACUUAUGAAUGGGAAGUAAGCAUUUUUAAAAAGCUAUCAUAUGAAAUUGGAUCCUAUUUUACUGGAAACAUUGAAACUAUGCUGAAGGAUAUAGUCAUAUCUGGUGAUUUAUCAAGAAUUACGAGGACUAUGAAUGGAAAUAAACACAUGGCCCAUCAAUUGCCUUCCUUUGAAUUCCAUCCUAAUAUAUUGACAAUGACCGCGUGGCCUUUUAAUCCAGUAAAUGAGCAAGAGAAUGAACAGAUUAUACUUCCUAAAUGUAUGCAGAUACAGUUAGACAACUUCGAAAUGGUAUAUAGAAAAAAAUAUAAUCAACGGUUAUUAAAAUGGUGCCAUCCAUUAGGGUUGGUUGAGGUUGCCUAUUGGUUUGGUGAAGGUGAAGAUUUAAGAAAAUAUAAUUUAUUGUUGCCAUUUUAUUCUGCAAUUGUUUUUCUUUCAGUUUUAGAAGAUGAUGUUGUAAGUAAUGAUAAUGAUAAUAAUAAUAGUAAUAAAGAACCAUGGACCUUGGGUAGGAUUCAGCAGGCUACAGGAUUGAGUAUAACAGAGGUAACUCGUCAACUGGUAUCAUUAUCUAUAGCACCAAGAUUCCGUAUCUUGAAGAAAAUACCAGAGGGACCUAUAAUAAAUCCUUCGGAUAUUUUUUCAAUAAAUGAAGACUUUAGAAGUCCCACAGAUAUUGUUAGGGUAAAGACUGUAAAUAUAACAUCAACUAAUGAGCCGUUGGUAAAUACUAAAUUAGGUAUGAGCGUGAAAAAGACUCUCGAAAGAGAUCGGUUUAUAACUACUAAUGCUAUAGCGGUGAGAAUCAUGAAACAAGAAAAGACAUUGACGGAAAUGGAAUUAUUUGAGCGCUGUCAAGCUGCCUUAAAAACUAGAUUCUCAUUGCAGAGUAGAACAUUCCAUCACACUAUACGGCAUUUGUUAGACAAAGAAUAUCUAGCAACAGAUCCUGAUGACUCGAAAGUGUAUAGAUAUCUAUAA